AUAUCGUCCUACGGAGCGAGCAACAGCUCUCGGGUGGUUCAUGUCCGGAACACUGAUCGGCCCUGCCGUCGGCCCCUGUAUAGGUGGCAUCUUGGUGACUUACACGUCGUGGAGGUCCAUAUUCUGGCUACAGACGGCAUUGGCUGGCACAGGAGCUCUGGGUGUCUUUUUUCUUGUGCCAGAAACCAUCCACCGCAAAGCAAUCGACGACUUGCAAGACCGCUCCAGGAAAGAAAAGGUCAUAGCUAUACUUCACAUGACGAACCCAAUUCGAGUGAUGCGCCUGUUCAGAUACUGGAACCAGGUGUUGGUGGCAUUUGCCAGCUCAGCACUCGUAUGGAAUAUGUACAGCUUGCUCACGCCGAUUCCGUACGUAUUGAACCCUCGAUUUCACUUGGAGUCGCCGUUGGUGUCGGGACUCUUCUAUCUAGCCCCUGGAAGCGGCUACCUCUUGGGGACAUUCUUCGGGGGGAGAUGGGCAGACAGAACGGUAAAGCUAUGGAUCAAGAAACGCAACGGCGUACGUAUCCCAGAAGAUCGUCUACGGUCCGCAGUGCCGUUCAUGGCAAUUCUCAUGCCAAGCUGUAUCCUAGUGUACGGAUGGGCAGUUGACAGAGCUGUGGGUGGCAUUCCGGUUCCGGUUAUCAUGCUCUUCCUGCAAGGCGUCGGCCAGCUCUUUUGCUUCCCUUCUCUCAAUACGUACUGCUUGGACGUGAUGCCCGGUCGUGGCGCAGAGGUGACAGCAGCAAACUACUUUGUUAGGUACCUGGCAGGGUGCGUGGCUACAGCCGUUGUCCUUCCAGCCGUGGAGAACAUUGGCGUUGGUUGGUUUGAGACCAUAUCAACUGGGUUGGUGAUUCUCUCGACCAUCGGAGUCUUGGCCACCAUUCGAUGGGGCAAGGAGUGGAGGGAAAACAUCGAUGCAAAGAAAAAAGGCACAGCCAGCGAUGAGUCCGACGAAGUGACGGACGUGGACGACAGUCAACAACAAGAGGAGAAGGUCGUCGAUGGUGAGAAGCCAAAAGAAACUGUUUGAUGAGAUAUGAUGGCGAUGGCGUUUAGAGCAUAGAUCUUUAGAUACUGAGGGAUGAGCGAUGAGUGUCAGGAUACAGCAACAUUUAUUCCCAAUGUAAGGGGCAGUGCGAUGAGGUGAGCUUGGAUAUGAUGCUCGCGUGUAAUAGAGAGAGCGGCGAUACCCUCGAGGCUGAAA